AGGCGGUCGUCAGGGGCGUGGCGGCAGUUGCCUGGGCGGGGCCGGUAGCGGCGGGAGCUGCUCUGGCCAGGGGUUCCGGCUGCAUUUCCAUGAGCGCAGCCGGCAGCCGCGGAGCUACAGGAAGCUGAGUAGGAGCGAGCUGGGCCGCUGUGGUCAACCACGCACAGUUUUUAGGUUAAUUGGACUAAGAGAUCUGACCUGACCAGCCCAACUGUACAGCUCUUCAAGGAAAAUUAAUAUUCUCAGUGAAAGGACGAAGUGACAUAGAGCAAGAUGAACGCCAUGCUGGAGACCCCGGAGCUGCCGGCCGUGUUUGAUGGGGUGAAGCUGGCCGCCGUGGCUGCUGUGCUGUACGUAAUUGUCCGGUGUUUGAACCUGAAGAGCCCCACGGCUCCUCCCGACCUCUACUUUCAAGACUCGGGGCUCUCCCGCUUUCUGCUGAAGUCCUGUCCUCUUCUGACCAAAGAAUACAUUCCACCGUUGAUCUGGGGGAAGAGCGGACACAUCCAGACGGCCUUGUAUGGAAAGAUGGGAAGGGUGAGGUCGCCACACCCGUAUGGGCACCGGAAGUUCAUCACCAUGUCUGACGGAGCCACUUCUACUUUCGACCUCUUUGAGCCCUUGGCUGAGCACUGUGUUGGAGAUGAUGUCACCAUGGUCAUCUGCCCUGGAAUCGCCAAUCACAGCGAGAAGCAGUACAUCCGUACCUUUGUUGACUAUGCCCAGAAAAAUGGCUAUCGGUGUGCCGUGCUGAACCAUCUGGGGGCCUUGCCCAACAUUGAACUGACCUCACCACGCAUGUUCACCUAUGGUGCAGUCUUUUGCUUCGGCCCCUUCUGGAAGACUACACCUCAAGACUGCGUUCAUGUUCCAGAGACACAGAAACGGCCUUCCUGCGGAGAGUUUGGCGUGGUGGCCUUCCUGUCACUGGACUGCACACAGGGAGGAGAAAGCAGAAGCUUAGAGAAACCCCAAGAAUCCUUCUUUGCUCUGUUCCAGCCUGCCCCAAGAUUCUGACACCUCAUACGCCGUGGAGCUCUUCAUUGGAGCAUGUGCUAAGCCCUGGCCCUAAGAACAAGGAGGUGAGCAGCCGAGAGCAACACCUACAGGAAGGGCCGGGCUGCCAGUGUCAGAGGAGUGGCAGUAGAUUCAACAGGACCCUCAGGUUUGUCCAUCCUCACCUGGUGAGUCUUCUUGAAAUGUUUGUGCGUAUCAUAUGCCGGUCCUGGACACAGGCAGGGGACACUUGGGCCUUCAGGAGCCAGGGGGAAGGAAGAAUAAAUUGUAUGUUAUAAAUUGAAUACUGUAUUUUAUAUGAUAACCUUUUAUUAUAUAUUAUAAAUUUCAUAUCAUAUGUUCUAAAUAGAUUUUAAAUUGUAUAUUGUAAACCGUAUAUGUGCUCGGAGGUAUCACAGACAGUUCCAGGAGGUGUGAGCCUACCUGGCUGAAUUCUGAUGCCAGGAUGGGUGAACCAGCAGGUGCCCGCAGGUGAGUCAUCUUCUUAUAGGUGGGCAAUUAAGAUGCCCAGCAACUGUGUUAAUUUCCAGGUCUCUUGUUUUAUUUUCUGGAUUUAUAGUUCUACUUAGUGGAUAGGAGCUGAGAAAGUGGAUCUGGUCAUCCAGGAAGGAAGUUCCUGCUCACAGGCUUUGCUUCCUGUUUUUCCUAAUUUGCUAAGAUAGUUUCUCUCAGUUUGCGUUGAAGGUUCUCCAACACAGCAGUAAUAACUUUGACUGCUAAACUCAAAAAGAUGGUUGUACAUUGUUGUCAUCGCCCCACUGAAUUCUAAUUCUGCCUCUGUGAUAUCCAGUGUUUCCCUAAUUUUAUGAAAAAGUUCCUGAGGAAUACAUUGUUGUAUUGCGUUAAUGAGUGUGGUUAUCUGGGAAGACAUAUCAUGUAAAAUUUACAUAUCCCAGUCAUACUAUUGCAUUAACUAGGAAUAUGGGGACUCCGUUUAUCAUCAGAGGAUGGCACCGAAAUUUUGAGAGGGUAGCAUUACUUCCUAAGUAUAUUUGUUUCAGGUAUAAAACUAUAAGGUUCUGAAUAACUCAAUACAGGUUCUUUUUACUUCUAAAUUCGAUUUUGAAAUUCUGAAAUCAUUCGGAUUAUGAUAUUUGUAGACCAUUUUUAGGUCUGAGAAGGCAGGGGCAUUGUUUCUGGGCAGUAUCCACUCUGGUUGCCGUGUAAUUGGUUCUAAACCAUCGGUUGGUGAAUUGAAAUCCCUGUUUGUCCUGUGUUUUAAACAACACAAAAUUUCAAAAUCCGUAGGUAUUGUGUUUUGUGGUUUGGUUCUUACAGUAUGUGGUGAAUUAAGUCUCCCUUCCUUCUGGUUAGCAGUUACUCGUGUUGACAUCCCAGGAUCAUUCCUUGAUCCUCAUCUUAUGAGAUGCUGACCAGUGACUACUCCGAAACAGCUCCUUGGUGCACGUCCUCGUGGAUGUUCCAGUUUCCUCAUUAUCCACUCUUGGUGUUCCUGUUAGUGCUGAUUGUUCAAAUCCAGAAGUUGAAAUGACCCCAUGUUCAGUCUAUGUGUUUGUUCUCACUGGUCUUCUCAUCCUAGGCAGCCUUAUCUCUGUACCGUGUUUCAGGAAGGUCUUGGCUCUUUCUCUCAUCGUUAGCUUGACCUAUUUAUAUUGCCCAUGGUUUUCUCGUGUUGGCUAUUUUCAAACUUGAUUCCUUGAUUCCAUAAUUUGCCCUCACACACAACAAACCAAGAAAAAUCUGUUCUUUUGUUUUCUCAUGCUCCCAGUCCACAGAUGUUCUCUGAUAACAAUCACCAGGCAUCUCAAAGGCUGUCUGGUCCCUACACCCUUCUCAAAGCCACAUGAAUAUGUGAUUCUUUUGCUUUUCACUUUUGCGUCUCAGUUCUGUCACCUUUUCCACAAACCUCUGUUCCUGUGACUACCAUGAAACUUUAGCAUCUCCCACAAAAAGCCUAGGCUAGCAACUACUAGUGCACUACUAAUAAGUUAAAAUAUAGAAACUUUGUGAGGAAAUUCCAAAAUUAGAGUGGUUUAUGCCAAACAUCUUAAGAUGCUUUUCCUCUGCUUAACUAAAGUCAUAUCUAUGGGGAAAAACUAGGUGAAAAGUUUUCUACAAACAAUGCCUUUGUUACCUCUAUACAAUUGUGUUUGUGAGUUAUGUAGGCCUCUAUAAUUACGUAUGGGGAAACUAAAACUGUGACUUGCAGUUCAGUAUUGCAAAUAUUAUAAAGCUUUCUACUGAAGUGCUGUAGUGAGAGAACAGGCAUGGAGUCCAGGAAAUCCUUCAAUGAAUUGGUAUAUGUGUAGUUUUCAGAGUGCUGCUUUCAAAGACAUUUAAACCUUGUAAACAUUUUCAUACAUAUGAUGUUAAAUUUAAAAGUACUGCCUCAGCAAACACUGAGCUCUAUGUGAUUGAUAACUCCUCCUACACUAAUGGAUCACCUUGCUUGAUUUCCCCACCUGAUUACUAUGGAAGAUGACAUGUGAGUGUCAAAUGGGGAAAGAAAGGUUUUUCUUAAAGAUUUAUUUAUUUGAAAGGCAGAGCUACAGAGAGGCAGGGGCAGAGAGAGAAAAAGAGAGAGGUCUUCGAUCUGCUGGUUCACUCCCCAUAGGGCCGCAAUGGCUGGAGCUGAGCUGAUAUGUAGCCAGGAGCCCGGAGCUGCUUCUGGGUCUCUCUGUGGGUGCAGGAGCCCAAGCACUUUGGCCAUCUUCCACUUUCCUAGGCUAUAUCACAGAGCUGGAUCAGAAGUGGAGCAGUGGGGACUCAAACCAGUGCUCUUAUGAGAUGCCGGCACUACAGGCAGAAGCUUUUCCUGCUAUGCCGCAGUGCCGUCCCCAAGAGAUAUUCUUGUAGUAGACUAAUGUUCAUGGUGUAUAGCCCUCUGCUCUGUGCAGGUAGAAUUUGAGUAAUUCUUGGCAGACCCUAAAUUUUUGAGGUACAUAGAGAUAAUAUGAUAAAUGUAAUGGGACCCACAGUUUUCUGGUAAAAUACUUCAUGAUAUCUACUGGGGUCCUGCCAUUUAUGAAAAUGGGUUCUAAAGCAACCUGAUCAGUGAAGACGUUGCCACCUAUUGAUCCAGUGAAGCAAGUGCAGCGUGAGCACCUCUGACCCUGGCAGAGGCUGCAGCCCCUGGUGACUAAGAUGCCGUAGGCCUGUACUGCUACUCAUUCCACGGGGAAGGCCCUGCCAUACUGCUGUGAGCAUCCUGGUUUAAUAUUUUGGUAUUGCCAUGUUUUGCUUUGUUCUUCAACUUAAAUACAUGAUAUCUCCAUUUGGUUCGUUUAUUUCCUCUUGCAGUUUUCACAGCUAAAUUUCUUUUUUUAAUAAUUUUUAUUUAUACAGAGGUGAACAGAUAUCAUGUAUUUCAUAGACACAGAUUGAGGAGUAUAGUGAUACUUCACCUUUCCCUCCUCUCCCCAGCAUGCUGCCCUCCUCCCUCCUUCCUUUCCUGUGAUUACAAAAUAAGCUGAAAGAAUGUCAUUGUGAAAACUAUAGGAAAGUGUAAAUUCUAAAACUUGACAGAACUAACUCCAUAAGGUGUAGCUCCUGGUAGGAACUGAAAAAUGCAGAUUGGGCUGUUUAAAAAUUGUCAUGCAUUUCAAUAUGGAAACCCUAGGAAUUUAGAUUGAGUUUAGGUGAGAAACUACCAUGGUGCCUCCCCAAAGGUGUGUUCUCAAAACAUAAUGUGCCCACACCCAACUAUUGCUUUGAACCAAGGGCCAUUGUGGUCACCAGUGAUGGGAAAUGGAAGGCAUUUUAGGGCAGUGAGCCUGAGGACUGUGACCAAGACCUGUCCCGGUGAGUCAGUGAGAGAUCAAACUAUGCAUGAGCCCCCUGGCUCCAAGCCCCAGCACUUGCCCCAUCUUCCUAUCAGCCUUCAUUUACAAAGUACAGAUUCAAGUGAAAUCCAGCAAGAAUUUGGACAGCAGAGAGCGUACUCUUUUUCGUUGGGUCCAGUUGCCGUGUCACUGGUGACAUGCUGAUGAAGCAGGCCCUGCCUUUUCAGUUCCAUGGUUUAAUUGGGCGAAUUCUCAACCUGCUUGUAAUAUGUAACUGUGUUACAUGCAUAUAGGAAUGUACACCCAUCGGUGGGAGAAUACCAUAUGGUAAUUUAUAAUUCUAAUUUCACUUCUCACUUUCCUGGUUUCCUUCAGAUAUACUAACUUUUAUUUUCUAUUUCUGAGUUUUCAGUCUGAGGGAGGUGAGGUGACAGUGUAAUGUGUUACUUGGAUAUUGUCUUAAAUAUUCUCUUGAUAGAAAUCCUGAAUCUUUAUUUUCAAGAUAUAAACCGCCUGAAAUUUAGUUUAGUCAAGUUCAUGAAUGUUUUUCUUAAGAUUUAUUUAUUUGAAAGUCAGAGUUACACAGAGAGAGAAGGAGAGGCGGAGGGAGAGAGAGAGGUCUUUCAUCUGCUGGAUCACUCCCCAGUUGGCCGCAAUGGCCAGAACUCUGCUGAUCCGCAGCCAGGAGCCAAGAGGUUCUUCCAAGUCUCCCACGUGGGUGCGAGGGCCCAAGGACUUGGGCCAUCCUUUACUGCUUUCCCAGUCCAUAGCAGAAAGCUGGAUUGGAAGUGGAGCAGCCGGGACUUGAACCGAUGCCCAUAUGGGAUGCCGGCACUGCAUUUGGUGGCCUCACCUACUACGCCACAGUGCCAGCCAGCCCCAAUCAUGAAUGUUUUAAAACUCAUUUCUUUCCCAUGAAGCCUACCAAAACCCCACAAUAUUAACCUAAGUUCCUUAAUUUUUAUUUGCAUUUUAAGUAUAGGAACCUAUUUUGCAUGUUUUAUUUUUCCAGCCUUAUUACAAUACAACCGAGAAACAAAAAUUGUAUAUAUUCAAGGCAUGCAAUGUGUGUUUCGAUAUGAGUCUGAUCUUUACAUUGCAUUUUCACACAAACUUUUCGACUCUCCUGGUACUUGCCAUACACUAUGAAAGGGGUAGUACAAUGAAGCUACUUAACAAAGUUAUCACUCCUAUAGCGUUUUUAAAAUUUUUAAAUUUUAUUUAUAUAUGUAUUUUCCCAGAAGAUUUAUUUGAAAGGCAGGGUCCAGCGCCAUGGCUCACUUGGUUAAUCCUCUGCCUGCAGUGCCGGCAUCCCAUAUGGGUGCCGGGUUCGAGUCCCGGUUGCUCCUCUUCCAGUCCAGCUCUCUGCUGUGGCCCGGGAUGGUGGAGGAUGGCCCAAGUGCCUGGGCACCUGAACCCACGUGGGAGACCAGGAGGAAGGACCUGACUCCUGGCUUUGGAUCAGUGCAGCGCCAGCUCUAGGGGCCAUUUGGGGAGUGAACCAACAGAAGAAAGACCUUUCUCUCUGUCUCUCUCUCACUGUAUAACUCUACCUGUCAAAAAAAAAAAAAAAAAAAGAAAGGCAGGCAGCAGGGAAAGAGAGUAAGAUAGAGUGAGAGAGAGGAUGAGGGAUAUCUCAUCUCAUGCAUUAUUUCACUCCUCAAAUGUCCUCAGUGGCAGGGCUGGAUCCCAGGUCUCCCACUUUGGCACAGUGGCCCAAGCCGUUGGGACAUCUUCUAGUGCUUCGCCAGGCACAUUAGCAGGGAGGUGAAUGGGAAGUGGAGCAGCUGGGACUCGGUCUGGUGCCCAUAGGGGAUGCUGGCCGUCUAGGUGGAGGCUCAAGCUUUUACACCCCAGCUCCAGCACCAUAACCAUAUAUUUGUAUCUUGUGACUAACAUCUCUUCAUUUUUCCUGCUCUCUGACUGUGUUAGUUUGACUUUUGUGUAUUCCACAUGUAAGUGUGCUCAUGUAGUAUUUCUUAUUUCUGUGUCUUGUUUCACUCAUUGUAAUGUCCUGUAGUUCCAUACUUUUGGAUCCAUCUCGUGACAAGCAGUAGUAUUUCCUUUGUUUUUAAGGUUUGGCGAGGAUUCCACUGUGUGUGUAUCCCAGUUUUCCUUAUGGGUCCAUCAACAAAGAUUUGGGUUAUUUCCAUAUCGUGGAAUUGUGAAUGAUGCUGAAGUGAAUGUGGGGGUGCAGACAGUUCUCUGAGAUGGUGGUUUUCUUUUGGAUUCAUGGCUAAUAAAGGUUGUUCCUUUUUUAAUUUCAUUUGAGGAACUUCCAUAUUGCUUUUCAUAAUGGCUGGCACAAUUUACAUUCCCUCCACUAGUGUGUGUUCUGUUUACUCUACAUUGUGCCCGAUACUUGUUAUCUUUUAACUUUUUAAUAGUAGCCAUUUAACAGAUAUAAUAACCAUUGUCAUCUUGAUUUGCAUUUUGCUGAUGAUAGCAAUGUUCAGAACUUUUUCACAUACCCUCAGGGUACAUUGUAUGUCUUUGUUGGAAAACAUUGAUUCAGUCCUUUGUCCUUUUUAAAUUGUAUUCUUUGCUGCUUAGUGGUAUGCCUUCCUUGUAUUAUUCCCUUGAUCACACAUCCAGUUUGCUAAUAUUUCCUCCUAUCCAUUGGUGUGCCUUUUCAUUUCACUGAUCUUUGCUUUACUAGUUUGUUGGGGUUUCAUUUCCUUACAUUUGCUUUUGCUCUCUGUGCUUUAGUUGUUAGCACAUAAGCAACCACUCUUGAGGCUGAUGUCAAGGACUUUUCUACUUUAUAAGUUGUAAGUGUUCAGAUCUUCUGUAUGGACUUUCAGUUCAUUUUGAGCUGAUUUUAAUAUGUGGUGUAACAGUGAUACAGUUUCAGUUUUGGACAUGUGGUUAUCCAGGUUGCUUCUGCCUCAGAUGUGGGCCUUUACGUCCAGUGACUGCAUGUUUGGUAACCCUGGUGGGCCAGGGUCCCCAGUGUCUUCAGUUGGAUCCAUUAAACCAGAUGCUGUGGCUGGAGUUGGGCAGGAGCUUGGCAUGUGUAGUGAUUUGGGAGUAGGAGACCAUGCAGUGAUGGGGUCAAGACAGGGGACUGUGGCCUCUUCCUCUGGAAGCCAGGGCUAUAUGAGGGUGUGUCAGACAGUUUUUUGAAGGGUAGACAUUUGGCAUGGUGGGAAAGACAAUGCUCAGGAUACCAGUGGCAGCCAGUGAUGGCUUAAGUAGUUGGAUUCUUGCUACCACAUUGGAGACCAUCUUCCAGCUUCAGCCUGGGUCAGAUCAGCCCUGAGUAUUUUGGACAUUUGGGUAAUGAACUACUAGAUGGGUGGUAUCUUCUCUCUCUCUCUCUCUCUCUCUCUCUCUCUCCUCCCCCCUCCCCCUUAUUGUUUCUCCGUGUUUUGCUUUUGAAACCAAUUGCAAUAUUAAAACUAGGUGGAAAAAAUGGUUUACGGAUGAUUAUCCCAGUAGCCUUAGAUUACUGAGUCAUUUCCUAGGAUCAUGCACGGGGAUGUGUGUAGCUCACAGUAAUCUGUUAUCUUUUAUUAGAAAAUGAAAUAAAGGAGCCCAAGGCUCUGUCCAUAAAAUAAUGCCAAAGAUUAAUGUAGAUUUGAUCAGUACAAAUUUUAUAUGAGUAUUGAAAUGUCACACUAGCCCAUAAAUAUGUACAACUCUUGUGGAUGAAAUUUAAGGAAAAAUACCAACAUGUUACUUGGUGUAUAAAGUUAAGGGGUUUUAAAUGAUUAAUGUCACAACUAAUAUUAUGGUAUUUGAAAAUGGUUAAUUAAUACAAGCAAAAACAUAACCUGUAAAUAACUGAACUGUUCUUUUCUUGUCAUGCUCAGUCGAAGGGCUACCUGGCUGUGUUUUAAGUUGGUGAUGGAUAUUUAUUUUAGAUUAUUUCCUUUAAUAAACUAAAAUGGUAGUAUGUUUUCAUGUGUGUAUGUGAAAUUGAACAGCAUCAGAGCAAUACAAUGAAUAUGAGAUAAGCUUUUUCAUAUUUGGGAUUUUAUUGGUUUUUGAGAAUCACUACAGAGACAUUUUAAUUUGUACACUAUUCUUAACAAACCAGAAAUUAAAAAAGUGAGGGCUUGUCAUUCUUUUAAAAUCUUUUAUUUUUGAAAUAGUGUAUUUUUAAAUUUACCUCAUAAGAGCUUUAUAUUCCAUUCAAUAAAGAGUUCAUCUAUUAAGGAAGAAUAUAGGCAAGGGCAAUAAAAGUAAUCAAACAAAAAAAGUCCUAUCUUUAUGAUCAGUUAUGAACUUAAACUGAUCACUUUAACUAGUAAGAUGGCAUUAAGUGUCAAAGAGAUCACAGCACUCUGGCCUCAGAAUCAGCCCUUAAGGCAUUCGGAUUAGGCUGAAGAGCCCAUGAGAGUGUUUUUAGGCAUGGAAAGCCAAGAUACCCUGGCAAAAACAAACAAACAAACAAAAUAAACAAACAAAGAAAAAACAACCAAAAACAAAAAACCUAAGCGAAAGAUCUCUGGGAGUGAGAUCCCAGUGGAAAGAAUGGGCCAUCAAAGAAGGAGGUACCUUUCUCUGAAGUGAGGAGAGGACUUCCACUUUGACUAUGACCUUGUCUAAAUAAGAUCAGAGUUGGCGAACUCAAAAGGCUUCCAUAGCCUUGGCAACUCAUGAGAAGAGCCUGGGGUGAUUACUGACACCAUAAACAAGAGUGUGAAUCGUUAAGUCAACAACAGGAUUCACUGUGCACUUACUCCCCACGUAGGAUCUGUGUCCUUAAUGUGUUGUCCAAUGUGAAUUAAUGCUAUAACUAGUACUCAAACAGUAUUUCACACUUUGUGUUUCUGUGUGGGUGCAAACUGAUGAAAUCUUUACUUAAUAUAUACUAAAUCGAUCUCCUGUAUAUAAAGACAAUUGAAAAUGAAUCUUGAUGUGAAUGGAAUGGAAGAAGGAACGGGAGAUGGAAGGGUUGUGGGUGGGAGGGAAGUUAUGGGGAGGAAAAAGCCACUGUAAUCCAAAAGCUGUACUUUGGAAAUUUAUAUUUAUUAAAUAAAAGUUACCAAAAAAAGGAUCACCUAAAUAAGACCAAGCAUCUGCUGAUAGUAAUAGAUAGGAAAAAAAAAAAAAAAAGCCGGCUAAUCCUCCGCCUAGCGGCGCUGGCACACCGGGUUCUAAUCCCGGUCGGGGCGCCGGAUUCUGUCCCGGGUGCCCCUCUUCCAGGCCGGCUCUCUGCUGUGGCCAGGGAGUGCAGUGGAGGAUGGCUCAGGUGCUUGGGCCCUGCACCCCAUGGGAGACCAGGAGCACCUGGCUCCUGCCUUCAGAUCAGCGCAGUGCGCCGGCCACAGUGCACCGGCCACGGCGGCCAUUGGAAGGUGAACCAAUGGCAAAGGAAGACCUUUCUCUCUGUCUUUCUCUCUCUCUCUCACUGUCCACUCUGCCUGUCAAAAAAAAAAAGUAAUAGAAUUAAAAAGGAGACAAUGAUCCAACAUGGGAAGCAAGCCACACAGCAGACUCCUAGAAUGACAACUACCCUAAACAGUGCUCUGGCCUCAGAAUCAGCCCUUAAGGCAUUCGAAUCUGGCUAAAAAGCCCAUGAGAGCAUUUCAAGCAUGGAAAGACAAGAAAGACACUGUGGCAAAAAAUCACCCACAUGAAAGGUCUCUAAGAGUGAGAUCCCAGGGAAAGAAAGGGCCGCCAAAGAGGUCAGUACCUUUCUCUGAAGGGAGGAGGGAACUUCCACUUUGAUUAUGGCCUUGUCUAAAUAAUGUUGGAAUUUGUGGACUCGAGGCUUCCAUAGCCUUGGCAGCUCAUGACCAGGAGCCUAGGGUGAUCACUGAUGUCAAAUAGAAGAGUGUCAAUUGUUAAAUCAACAACAGGUAUCACGGUGCACUUGCUCCCCAUGUAGGACCUCUGUCCUUAAUGUGUUGUACUAGGAGAAUUAAUGGUAAAACUAGUCUUCAAACAGUACUUUAAAGUUUGUGUGUCUGUGUGGGUGCAGUCUGUUGAAAUCUUUACUUAGUAUAGAAUUGAUCUUCUGUAUAUAAAGAUCAUUAAAAAUGAAUCUCAAUGGAGAAUGGGAUGGAAGAGGGGGUAGGAGUUGGGAUGGUUUGCGGGUUGGAGGGUGGGUAUGGGGGGAAGAACUGCUGUAAUCCAAAAGUUGUACUUAUGAGAUUUAUGUUUAUUAAAUCAAAGGUUUCUAUAAAAAUGACUACUACACUAAUACACAGUAAAUUUUAAAAUGAUCAUGAAUUAUUAAAAUUAUAGUAGUAUAUCAUCCUUAAGAAUUUGUUUGAUAAAGAUAUAAAAGAAAGUUGAACAAAACUAUAUUUGCAGCAAUACUGAUAUACACAGGCAUUAACUUUUUUUCUGUUUUUCUUUUGUUGUUGUUGCCUGAUUUCUUUUUUCGUAAAAGAAAAUUUUAGCUCUCAUUAUAUAAAGGAGAACAUCUAAUAUUUGUCUUUCUGUAUCAGGAUAAUUUCACUGAGCAUGAAGUCCUCCAGUUGCAAUGAUUUUGAUACUAAUAACAGGCUUUCAGUUUUUAUAGUACUGUAAUAUUCAGUUCUACAUAGAUGCAUCCAGUUUUGCCAGCACCACUUACUGAAUAGAUGAUACUUUUUUCCAUUGUAUAGUCUGGGCACUUCCAUGAAAAAUCAAUUGUCUCUACCUGUUUGGAUUGAUGAAUUAAUUAAUUAAAUUCCACUAUCAUGCUGCCUUGAUUGCUAUAGCUUUGUAGUUAGUUUUGAAGGCAGGCAUUCUGAUGCCUCCAAGUUGAUUGUUUUUUAAAUUUUGCUCAGGAUAAUUUUGGCUAUUCUUGAUAUUUUGUGAUUUCUUAGGGAAUUUAGGAUUAUUUUCUCAUUCUGUAAAAAAUGUCAUUGGUGUCUGAUAGGAAUUUCAUUUAUUUUGUAGGUUGCUUUAAUUAAUACAGGUAUUUUAAUUAUACUAAUUCUUCCAAUCCGUGAGCAAGUUAUAUUUUUCCAUUUUGGGAGUCCUUGAUGAUUCAUUUCUUCAACAUUUUAGAAUUAUCAUUGUAGAUAUCUUUCACUUAUUUGGUUACAUUGAUUCCUAAAUGUUUUCUUUUUGUCUCUAUUGUGUAUGGGAUUACUUUUUAGAUUUCAUUUUUGGCAAGUUGGCUGCUAGCAUAUAAAAAGCUACUGCUUUUGUAUGUUGAUUUUGUAACCUGUAACUUUACUGAAUUGGUUUUUCAUCUUGAACCAUUUUUUGGUGGAGUGUUUAGAUUUUUCCAUGCGCAACAUCAUGUAUUCUACAAUGUUGAAUCCAGUUAUUGUUAACAGUUGUGUUGAGGAAUAUUUAAUGUCAUAAAUAUAAGAGCAUGUCAAAAAGGCUUAAAGUUUAUCGGUGGAAAAUUCCUCUGUCAUUUGCCGUAUGGGAAAUAGUACCUGGUAGACUUGUGGACUGACGUUGUUAAUGGAGUGCAUGGGUUCACCCAUUGGUUUAUCACUGGUUUCUGUGUCCCCCACAGACUCCCAGUGAGACAGUGAGGCUUCUUGAGGUUGUGUGCAGAGUGUUGCUGGCAGCCCCGUAUAAGUAACAUGGUCUCAUGAGAUCAUUUCAGACAUUUGUACCUCCACCUGGGUAAUGCAGAGUCUUGUGUGCUGCGGGAUGGUGAGUCCGGAUGCACCAGAUGACUGCUGGCUGCUCCUCACAUGCUGCCAAGUACCACCCAGGACAUGGUUAAGAAAGUAGAUGCCUUGUCUGCAACCGUCUCAGGUGGUGAAGUUCUGUAUCUCAGACACCAAGGAAGUCCACACAGAUGUAUAUACACCUUGCUGUGGAUGGAGAUACAAAGCCUGCCCAAAGACUGGACAGGAACAGAUUGAGAAGGGCAACCUUGCUGUGUUCCUGACAGGAAGUAGCCUACAAAUCACGGGGCAACAGACUUGGCAGCUGGCAGCUGUCACUGAACCACAUCAAGAUCCUGUCCAGCUUGUCUGGAAAGCACAAACAGAUGGCAUCAUGUUUGCACAGAGGGUGAACAUAAACGUUUUCUACUGCAGUGGGUGUCCAGAUCAUGUUAAACACCACACUACAGCAGGAGCCUCUGUAUUUCAAUGGACGUGUACAAUUAAGAAUAAAAGAGAGCUGUUAGGCAUUCUUCAGUGAGUAUGUGCAAGCCACCACCCCUGAAUGGCAAAGCUGCCCCUAGGACAGUCCCAACCAAGCUACCUUGGCCCCAGUGGAAUUAUUUAUUCACUUACUUAAGCGUUAGUCAUUAUGUUUCAUUGAAAGACAAGAAAACAGAUUUCCCACUGGUUGGAUCACUCCACUUGAGUGGCAGGGGCCCAAAUAUCUGAGCCAUCCUGUGUUUCCCAGGGUAAGCAGAAGCAGGAACCUGGAUGUGAAUGCAUGACAGGUAUUGAUCCUAGAUACUUUGUGAUGGGAUGCUGGCACCAAAAAUGAUGUCUUUAAUUGCCAUGCCAAAUACAAUGUAUUGAUGCCUUUAUAUACUAAUUAUUAGAAUGGCAGUGUGAGAUAGAGAGAGAUGCUUCCAUCUGUUGGCCUCACCCCCAAAGCCUGCAGACAUUAUUGAAAGGGCUAGGCCAAAGUCAGAAGCCAAGAACUCCAUCCAGUUCUCUCACAUUGGUGGAAGAGACCUAAGUAACUGACCCAAUGCCUGCUAUCCAUCAGAGUGUACAUUAGCAGGAAACCUGACUGCAGGAAGAUUAUACUGAAAUCCAGGCGCUCUGAUAUGGGACGUGGGUAACCCAAAUGACAUCUUAACAACUCUGUCACAGUUCCUUGGCUAUUGUUACAUUUUAAUGAUUUUUUAUUUGGAAAAAAAAUAUUAGUGAGGGAACGACAUAGAGAUAUCAUCCCAACCACUACCUCACUCUCCAAAUGGCUGCAACAGCUACAGAUUAGCCAAGGUGAAGCCAGGAGCAGGAACUCCAUCUUCUUUUCCAACAUGGGUUGCAGAGUCCUGAGAUCUUCAGGCAUCACCUACUGUCUAUCCAUGCACCUUAGGAGGAAGCUGGAGUGGAAGCAUAGUAGCUGGGGCAUGCCCCAGCACUACAAUAUAAAACGGAAGCAUUGUUAGCUGUGCCACAACAUCAGCAUUCCCAUUGUUACUUGUAAAAGCAGUCCCACCACAGGACCGAGCAAAACUUCUGGCCCUGUUGGCGGCAACUUCAGAAGUUUAUCAACCUACGCAAACCCUAAGCACCCUGGGAAAUACGAAGGCAGACACAUAGAGUGUUCACAGCCAGAGUUUGCUUCAGCAUCUCUCUGCAGUCCAGUGCUGUGUAAUCAGAUGUGGUGCGCUCUCUGACUUCCUGUGAUACAUGUUGGGACCUAUUCUGAACAUCGUCAACAAAGUCAGUGGCUUCGCAGGCUGCACUGCUGCCUACUGGCUCAUUUCAGGCAAGUCUCAUGAGUUUCUGGACACCACUGAGGCCCUUCUAGACAGAGAGAAGACCACCAGACAUUCAACCAUGGUGGGAUUCUUGUGCACACUAGCGGUAAGCAAUCAUCACCAGGCAUCUUUGUGGAUGACAAUCACCAUGUAUUAGGGUCACAUUAUAGAGCCUUAUGGAUCAUCAGGCACUAACUCCUACGGCAUUGUGAUCAUUCCCAGUAAAGUGCAUCAGUCAUUAUUCAUUGACAGACUAUGAAGAGGACAUGCCCUUGGGUCGACUGCCAUGGUCAGCAUCAAGACAGGACCCAACCUCUUCCUAUGAGUCCUUGUGUUGCUUCUGCCUACCUCUCAGCUAUCAUUUCUGUUCCUUGGCAUGGACAGCCUAAGACUUCUGUUCUUCACCUAGAUCAAUCCCAAGUCUUUUGUACUGAUGCGGCAUGGACACUUAACACACAUCCCUAUAUUGUCAACACCCUAAAAUAUAACUCAAGAAGGACAAGUGGGGAAUCGACAUAGCUGUCCAUGAUAGAGUAUAAGUAUUCUUUGAAAUACAUUGAGUCAUCUAUUAACUCACCCAUCAAGCACCUUCUCCAAGCUGGCGGAUAGGAAUGGAGGCAUCCUGCAGGUUACCACCACCUCAAGAAGGUCAUGCUUCGCUUUGAAUUUGCCUUACUUGAUAUUAUCAGACUGCCCCUGAUAAUUUUGCCAUUAUUGCUGUGGCAAGAACUGUAUGUGUCUUGUGGAGAUUUGGCACCAUUUACUUUAUUUUGUAAAGAUUUUAUUUAUUUAUAUGAAAGUCAGAGUUAUAGAGAGAGAGGAGGGGCAGAAAGAGAGAAUUGACUGGAAUGGCCGGAUCUGCACCGAUCCGAAGCCAGGAGCCAGGAGGUUCCUUAGGUCUCCUCCUUGGGUGCAGGGGCCCAAGGACUUGGGCCAUCUUCUACUGCUUUCCCAGGCCAUAGCAGAGAGCUGGUUGGGAAUUGGAGCAGGGGAUCUCAAACUGACGCCCAUAUGAGAUGCUUACGCUGCAGGCCAAGGCAUUAAUCCGCUAUGCCAUAGCACCAGCCCCACCGUUUCCUUUUAAUUUGAAGGCCAACAAUGCACCUUUAUGAGACUUCCUGUCGACUGCCUCUGUGGUCCUCCAGGGCUCGUGGUCUGUGUUAACAGGAUCUUGUUGGCCUUCAGUUGUCUCCUAGCAUCCACCUGUGACACUAUGUUGAGGACAUUGUUUCAACUGAUAAUCAAGAGGAGGAGGAAAAAUGGGCCUCAAUCAUCAGCAACUGACUUCUUGACCAAGUGGGUAUGGACCUUAGUUCCAUAUGAGAUGAGAGCUUGCAACCUCAAAUUUUUGGUCUAUAUUUUGAACAAGGAUUUCAGACAAAUUCCUCAACGAAUCCACAUAUAUCUGCUUUUCCUCACUGAUUCAGUUUCAACCAGGGAAGCCCAGCACAUUUUCAGUUUCUGAUAACACCAACUUCCUCACCUCUAAAGAACCCUAAGAUUCAUCUGUCUCACCAGCCACCCACAAGGAUGCACCUUGGUCAGGCAUACUUCCAAGGAAAAAGCUAAGGAUUACUCUAUGGCUAGUUUUUGGUUCUGAGGGUCCCAUUGGUAAAGGACUUCAAGUUAGCUUUGAGCUUGUAGUGACACUACUAUUUGACCUCCCUCAGCAUCAUGAGCUGGGCCCUGGCCUCCAGCCUCUGAGAAUCUCUUGUUAAAUGGAAGUGGUAUUUUCAGAGGCCAGACAAACCCACACCCUGUGUGUCCUUACGAGGAUGUCAGCCUCUGACACUUCGUCUAUUUGCAGAACCCCCAUCGGUCAUCUCACAUCAGAUACCUCCUUCCAGAUACAGGGGUAGCGUCAUGUGUCUCAGGGGGCAGAACUGUGAUCAUCCUACUUGUCGUCAAGCAGUCCACCCUCACUCAAGGCCAUCUUGAAAUUCACAUGUCCACCAAUUCUUGGGACAACACCAAUUCCUAAUGACCUUUGUGUGGCCCCAAACUGGACAGUCCAUACCCUUACUUUGGAGUUCCUCCUUUGGUGGGUCACUGUUGAUAUCUGUGCUACUGGCCUAACCUCACUGAGCAACUCAGCUAUUUUGAUUGCCAAAAUUCUACUGCCUUUUAAUGUAGCAAAACUGCACUUUAUAUUAUCUACCUCCUUGCUUUCAUCGGGGAGCCUCCCAGGCUUAUAUGAUUUGGGACCUCAUAGGCCUAUCAACUUGGAUUUCAGCUUGUAGCUUUCCUAUUGUAGCCAAGUCAGUUGUGGAAGUCCCCCAGAAACGCCUGCUGUACAGACAAAACUGUCAUUCCUGCUUCUCGCGUGAUUGCAUUUGGAGUGGUGAUUAUUCACAUGCUACCUGGCAAGUGGAUUUUGUUGACCUGCUGUAGCAAAUGGCAGGUGCUUACUGUUAUGUAAGCCUACACCAGCCUACUCCUUGCUUCUUUGUUCAUGGCUGAAAAUGUCAUCAGAUUCUAAGUAUUUCAUCCCUGGUGCAUUAAACAUGGGACCAAAAGUAUCUGAAAUACUUAGUUCCUGUCCAUUUCGUGUAUACUAGUGAUGGAGUUUUUAGUUCACGUGAAGGUUAUUUUUUUUGAAAAUUUUGAAAUUAACAAUACUUGUACGUACAUACUUAAGAGCUACUGUGUGACAUUUUGGUACAUAUCUGGAAUGUGUCCUGAUUAAAAAUGGGAUGAUCAAUAUUUCCCUUUACUUGUCAGUACUUAGGAUUGAAGACUGGAAUUUCUUCUGUAUGUUCAUUCAACACGUAUUCAGUUAUUGAGAGCUAUCCUCUCCAUUAUUCUGUGUAACAUUCGAAAGUUACUCCUUUGAUCUACCUCUGAUGUGGUACCCAUCAUCCAAACUCCUUGCAUUUUCCCUCCAGCGUCUUACAUCCUUUAUUAAUUAUUAUGUAGUCAGAUUGGUGCAUUUUAAAGAUUUAUUUAUUUUUAUUUGAAAGGCUGAGCUAUAGAGAGAGGGAGAGACAGAGAGAUGUUUUCCUUCUGCUCAUUCAUUACCCAAAUGGCUGUAAUAACUGCAGCAGAGCAAAUUCAAAGCCAGGAGCCAGGAUCUUUCUCUGGGUCUCCCAAAGUGGAUGUAGGGACCCAAGCACUAGGGCCAUGUUCCAUUGCUUUCUCAACCCAUAACCAGCGAGCUGGUUCAGAAGAGGAGCAGCAGGUGGGUUCCCACAUGGGAUUCUGGUACCACAGGCAGAGCCUUAACCUACCAUGCCACAGCACUGGCCCCCGAUUGUUUUAGCUUGUGUUUGUGAGGGAGUGGGUACAGUAUUUGUCUUUCUGUGUCUGGAUUGUUUUCACUUACUUCCAGUUUCAUACAUCUUGCUUCAAGUGAUAGGGUUUCAUUCUUUUCAAGUGGCUGGAUAGUAUUCCAUUCCGUAUAUAUACAACAAACUCUUGACCCCUUCAGCUGAUGAACUCUCAGCUCAUUUUGUAUGCCAAGAUACUAUUCCCUUUUAGUGAGACAAAAAUGCCGUCUACUUUAUCUGCAUCCCUGCCCUCAUAGUGGAGACUGUGGUUCCAAAAUGAGUUUGAACUCCUGGGCAUAUCUGACGUGGGGACAUUUUCCUACUGUGGUACCAGAAUGAGUUUCUUCUCCCAGGCAUAUCUGAUCUGGGGACAUCUUAUACCUGUCAUUUUGGAUUUCUGAUUGUGGUUUUCCUAUUCCAUCCAACUCGGUUGGAAAGCCCCCCAGGGAUGUCUGUUUUGCAGACAAAACUUACACCAUUCCUUUUUCUCCCUUGGUGGCGUUUGGAGAGGUGAUUCCUCUCACAUGCCACCUGGCAGGUGGAUUUCAUUGGUCUACUGUUGCAAGAGGCAAGCGAUUAUUAUUGUUGAUGACCACACCAGAGUGCUCCCUGCUUUUUCCUUCAUGGCUGAAAAUGUGCUUCAAACAUGAGACUACAGAUACAUGAACUACUUAGUUCCUUUCUAUGGGGCAUGGACCCAGUGUUGGUGGUGCUGGUUCAUGGUAUGGUUCUGUUUUCUGAAAAUUUUGACAUUAACAAUAAUUUCACCUGCUUAAGGGCUACAGUAUGAUGUCUCGGUGCAUAUCUGCAAUGGGUCCUGAUGAAAAAUAGGAUAAUCAACAUUUCCCUUUCUUUGUCAAUAUUUUAUGAUUGAAGGCUUGGAAUUUCUUCUGUGUGUUCAUGUAAUA